AUGACCCUCACCCUCCCCAACAACGUGCACCACCAGCACAACGAAUCCUUCAACCACCUCCUCACAAGCCUGCGAAGCCGCAAUAUCAAGCCAGCAGACGUGCGCAGCCUAGUCCGCGAAAUGACUACCUUCCUCUCCAAAUCCGUCCACCUCCACACCACCCCGGACGAAACACUAGCCGUGAUCGUCAUCCUCCGCUCCGGCCUCGCCAUGUUCGAUGGCUUCAUGGACAGCCUACCUCAGAACCUCCCGACGGCGGUCUACCACCUGGGCAUCUUCCGCGACCCGACCACCCUCCAGCCGGUCGAGUAUUACAAUAAGUUGCCCCUCAAGCCCGCGCAGAUCAAGCAGGCCGUGAUCCUGGACCCGUUGAUCGCGACGGGCGGAACGGCGGCUGCGGUGGUUGGGAUUUUGAAGGACUGGGGACUGGAGCAGGUGACCUUCUUAUCUAUGCUGUCGACGCCGGCUGGAUUGUCCCACGCAGGCGGAGUGUGGCCGGAGGGGAGCCAGUUCGUUGUCGGAUCUGUCGAUUCGCAGGUGGACGAGAAGGGGUAUAUCCAGCCUGGUGUUGGUGAUAUUGGCGAUCGGCUGUUUGGAACGGUUUUCUAA